CCUACUUCCUAUACGAUUUUCACCCAGCGAAAGCACUUGAGAAACGCAGUGGGAAACGUACAGGAACAUAGUUCGAAUCGAUAGAGUGAAACGUGAAGGCGACGACUCUGGAAACAUUCACUGGUGUAUUUGAGAGAAAGAGAGAGAGAGAGAGAGAGAGAGAGAAUGGUGGUGGGGGGAGGGAGGCAAAGGGCGGCGUGGAUGCUCCCCUACCUCGUGAAGACGCUUCGGAAGGAGCCUCUCAAACCCACGAAUCAAACCCUACCUUCUCUCAGGAGGACGUUUUCGCUGUACGAUCAGAUCAAUCUCAUCGACACCGUCCCCGAUGAUCAGCUUCGGUUUCAAGGGUACUCCGAUACGGGAUUUACUAUCAACAAAGUAAAGUAUGAGGGCAGCUUGCUUAUUGUGGAGAACAAAAUUAUGUCGUGGGCCCCGAAGAAAUUUUCGGAAAUAACUACUGAAAGUUUAUCAAUCUUUCAAGUUCUCAGGCCUGUUCCAGAGAUUCUGAUUCUUGGCUGCGGAAGAAAUGUUGAACCAGUGAGUCCUGCGCUUCGCCGUUUUAUUAGAUCUACAGGAAUGAAAUUGGAAGCAAUCGAUUCUAGAAAUGCUGCCUCAACUUACAAUAUUCUGAAUGAGGAAGGAAGACCAGUUGCUGCUGCACUUCUGCCCUAUGGAGUCACUUCAUGAAUUGUGCUAAACUAGCUAAUUCACUUGCGUUGAGAGUGAUGUUCCAGUGCAUUUCUUGGUCCAGGAUUAGUUUGUGCAGUGAUGAGAGUAAAUGACUUUAAUUAAAAACACAAGAAAUUAUACUAUAAUCAAAUUUUGCCUUGUAUUUUUGCUAGUGUAAUUCAGCUGCUGUAUGACUUAAAUAAUAUCUGUAGAACCAUUUUGUAACUCUAUUAUCCAAAUUUGUAUUCACGCUGAAGAAAUUUACCUCUUUUUAA